AUGCUGCGUGCCGGUGUGAACCCGGCCCGGAGCUUCCAGUGCUGCUACUGUGCCUUCAUUGCGGUGAGCCUCGGCUGGAACCAUUUGGAGGGCCACCGAAGCUUCUACCGCUGGUUUUAUUCCUCCCAGAUCCAGCCAAGCCAACGCCGGGGUUUGGGGCACGCAGGUGAGCGGAUCUAUGGUUUUCUGCCGGCCCCUUGGCUGAGCCCAAGUCAGCACGACAUGGCCUGUGCGCUGCUUUGCCUUAGUUUAUUGGCCUCCUGCGCAAGUCUGGCUCCUCGUGGCUGCCUUGGCGUCGCCUUCGUAAGCUGGUUCCUGUACUACUCGCAGAUCUUCUGUGCAACAAAAGCUGGUGGACAUGGGAGCACCUUGAUCCCGGGCACUCUUUUGAUGCUGGUCCUCUCCCCGAGCAUCGACGACAUCGAUGCCGGUGCUCGUUGGGACGAAGCUGAUGGGUGGGCGCUGGAAUUCAUAAAGCUACAAGUGGCGGCCACAUACUGUGGAUCGGGCCUCUGCAAACUUGCAGGUUCUGUGUACUUCAGACAGUUCUGGGGAAAUGGAACAACACUGCAGGCAUACACCUUCGAUGCCAUGUGGUCGCGGCCGGGGGGGGAAUUCACGUGGCUCCUUCAGGCCAUUGCAGUGCAGUCCCCGCGGGCAUUGGUCUUGGCAGGUACGCUGUCGCUGCUGUUUGAGGUCUGCUUCCCGGCCGCUUUGACUUCGCAGACUGCUGGAGUCGCCUUUGCAUGUGCCGCCCUCGCCUUCCACUCUGGUGUCUACUUCUUGCAGGGUUUCGACUUCCUGUCUCAGUGGUGUCCCGUCAUUCUACUGUUUAUCCUGCCGGGUGCCUCUUUGCAAAGGACUUGGGCAUCCCUGCAACAAGGGGCCGAGGGCAUUGGCAGUCUGGACCUGGGAAUUAGCCUGGGAUUCUUGUACACAGUUUGCAGCCUCUUUGUGUCCUUGACCAUGGUGGACGUUUGGUACGGCGAGGUGCCGCCCUGGUCCUGCUGCCCCAUGUUCCUGGUACCCCGCAACAUCUUCACUCCCGAGAUGCCCCGUUGGUGGUGCAUGACUGGAGUGGCUGAGCAGCGGGAGGCAGGCUUCAUGGACCCCCUCAUCUACUCCCCAGCAAAUGCCAAGCACUACCUGCCGGAGGAAGAUUUGUGGAAGUUUCCCUAUAAGAUACUGCAGUUCGGGUCCUUGAACCAAGUUCCCAAGGACCUCCAAAAAUUUGUUCGGCCAGAGUGUCUUGGGCAUCCGGGCCGCGUCUUGUGCUUUGCCAACUUCCCCAUCCCAAAAGACCUCGAGAAGGCACUGGACCAGAUGAUCUCUCUCAGCUUCUCCUUCGAGCCCAAGGAUGCCUGGGAUCCCCAAGCGCUCCGAAGGCUGGUGGAGCAGCAGAGGCUGUGCCGAUACCUCUUCGAGAAAGUGAGCCACCGUGUGACCGUGAGCCCCAUGAGCCCCGUGGGUUUGUCCAAUGCCUUGUUGAAGUCCGGGAUGUGGGUUCCAGGCUCGAUAGACGUAGCCAUCGGCUCCAAGAGGGAAGUUUCAGACAGUCGCAAUCGCGGAAGCCUGCUCCGUUCGAUCCGAGAUGCCCGCCAAGCUCACGUGCGCAGCCCACAAAGCCUUUUCUUUCACUUCUAUUGCUUUGCAAUAGCUGCAAUAGCCUUUGCAAGCUUGUACUGCCACAGGUACCGCUCGACCUUCAUCUCUGUCCAGGACCAGGACGUGGUGCGCGGCGCCAGCCAGCGCGCUCGCAGCCUGCCUCCUCGGAGCGAGUCUGCUGGCCAUGAACACGCAGAGUCCCGGUACGUGGAAAACCUCCUGCAAAGGCGUGCAGCGUCCUUCGGCUUGCACGAGACCGAGGACUGCAAGAUCGAGACGGUCGAGGAUGCCAAGGAUGCCACGGAUGCCGAGGAUGUGGGGGAUGUUCCGGUUUCGCCUUCUGAGGAGGCUGAGGUGUUGGAGGAGGUGUUGGCCCUGAGUGAAGGCAGCUUUGGUCACCCAGAGGUGUGCGGACGUCCUUGCGUUCGCUUCAUGCACGGCAACUGUGAACAGGGCGCCGCGUGCCAAUACUGCCAUCUAGAGCACACGAGGCCGAAGCUGAAGCUUGACAAGCGACAGCGUCAGUGUCUCGACAGCUUGAACGAGCAGCAGGUGCUGUCCGUCCUCCUGCCCUACAUCGCCACGCGUUGCCAAGAUCAGGGCCUUGCUGAGCCGAUGGCGGAGGUUUUGGGCUUGCUCCAAAGCAGGCUCCAAGAGCUCUCGGCGCCGUUGCCAACGACGCCUGUGCCGCGCAGCAAGAGCACCUUCCUGCGAGUGAUCCUGAAGAGGCUCUCAGUGGCGCGGCUGGUCGAGCUGGUGGCACAGUCUCAGGCUGAUGGCUUCUCUGUCCACCUUCAGCAAACCUUCACCCGCGCGCGAGCUGUCAUGACCCCGUAG